UCACUGGUGGCAACAGCUGCACUCGCAUGCACUCUUCUUCCCACACUACAGUAGCAUGCCUCCCAAGGUAGGUGAAGGUGUCUGUUCUCCAUGGACUUUCCAGGGCCUGACUCUAUGUAUCAUGUCUAUUGUGUUCUGUAGGAUACAGGGUGCCAUAUUGACAAACAACGCAGAGGUGGAGCUGGGUGGCAAUGCUACCUUGAGAUGUACCCUGACAAACCAUCAAUUUAAGACUAUUCAAGUUUCAUGGCAGAAAGCGAUUAAUCAAAACUUUGUAAAUAUGGCAGUGUACUACAACGAAACAUUUAUUGCUGAUUCAUACAAAGGUCGGAUCAAUUUUACCAUAAUAGAAGUUAAUGAUACUGCCAUCACCUUCUGGAAUGUUAGCACCCAAGAAAACGGCUGUUACCGAUGCAUAUUUAACACCUUUCCUGGAGGAGCCUUUGAGGGGGACAGCUGUCUUUCUGUUUAUGACAACCUCAACACAUUUUUACACUACACUGUCUCUGAUGGACACUUGAAUGCCACCUGCUUAGCAACGGGCUUCCCACGUCCCAAUAUCUCAUGGAUUGCUCCAGGAGCUGAAAAGAAUGAGCAUGAGAUCGCAAAUCCCAAUGGCACAGUAUCUGUCACAAGCAAAAUCCUUGUCAAUACCUCAAGUAGCCAUUUUGGACAAGAGCUCAUCUGCAAAGUUACACACAGAGGAAAAGAGACUGAUAUCAAAGUCCCAGUAAAAAAAAGAGGCUAUUGGUAUCUAGUUCCUGUAGUGAUAACUGUAUCGGUCCUAAUUUCUGUGAUUGUGGUUAUCAUUGUGGUGUGCUGCUGGAAACGACACAUGAAAAAACGCAGAAGGUUCUAAGGGAUUCAACCAACACCUAGCAGUUUGUUCCAUGGAACUGAAAAACAAUCUAGCACUUAUAUCUGUAUAACUGGCAUAUCAUGAAUUUAACAUCAGUUUAAAUCUGGACCAGAUUUGUGAUUCAUCAUAGUUUGUAUUUCCUCUCUCUCUGCUUGUCACUAUGGCUCGGGCUUGCAGCUUUGACUACGGUAGGCAAUGGCUGCUCUCCAGCAGGAAAAUGACAGAGGUGGGUUUUUUUCUCUAAACCUGUAGAAACCUAUACUUUGGCAGGCCUGUCUGUGUUCAUCUCUGUUAAUUCAUAUCAGUACCUCCCCCCAAGAAUGCCAGAUGUGUGAAGCAUGACCAGAUCAGGUGUCAAUCCAGGUAACAGGCCAGAUGCAUCCUCGGUAGCCAAUUUAAGAUUUCUGCGCUAAACUUAUAGGUUGGAAUCCAGAGGAUCCAUUGUAAAAACAGAAGAUAUUUUUGUGUGUGCAAAACUCCUGAUUUCUGCCAAUUCUCUCCCUCCUGAUGCAGCCCCUUUUGCCACAUCCCAUCCUGAUCCCCAGGAACAGAUUUUGGGAUAGUGCAAAGGGAUGCUGAAAGAUGAGGAAAAGCACCAUGGUUUAAACAGAGUCCUACUGGUACUUUAGCAAGUGCCAAAACAAAAUGAGGGAAUAGCUGUGCCAUAUUUUGUGCUGUAUUUUGUUUUUCGUUGUAGGCUAGUUUCUGCCAGAAAGUAUCCAUUUGCCAAAGAAGCACAAUGCAAGAUAAACAUAGAUCUGCUUGUACUAAUAAAAUUUUGCUUUCCUUCUUUAAACAGCCUUUUGUUGGCUGAAUUUAAAGAAAAGCAUACAAGGAAAUAGAGAGAGAGAAAGUUCUAGUGUAUUUUGGUAAAGCACCAUUAAUUAACUGUAAGUGUCUAGAGAAUCUCUGUACAUGCUUUUAAAAAUGUUACAUAUGAUAUAUUUAUGAAUGAGAAGAGUUGAGAACAUUUCUAGCAUAUUCUGGUAAAUCACUUUAAUUAAUUGUAAGGGUCUAGAGUAGGGGUCCCCAAAUUGUGGUCCAUAGACCACCAGUGGUCCGUGAGCUUCAUUCAGGAGGUCUGCAGCAUGUCUGCAUUAAAUAUUCAUAUUGAUUUUUACUUCUGUAUUUAUUGCUUCUUUUAUUUCUUAUAUUGUAUUUUAUUGUAUUACAAUUUUAAUUGUAUGGACCUGAAGUUCUAAUACAAUAAAGGACAUUAUAAGAAAUAAAAGAAGCAAUAAAAAUACAAAUAAAAAUCAUAGAGCAUCUAGCACAGUUCAUUACAACUGCUGUACAAUUACAAUUGUGCAAUUGCUACAAAAGGCAGAAAAAUCAUUAAGUGGUCUGCCAAGACCAUCAGAAGUUUUCAAGUGGUUUGUGGGGGGGAAAGUUUGGGAACCAUUGACCUAGAGAAUCUCUGCACCAUGCUUAAAAAAUUUGUUACACAUAUGCUAUAUUUAUGAAUAAAAAGAGGUGAGAAAAUUAAGUGCCUCAAGGCUACACAUUGCAUUUUAUGGUGCAUCUGUAAAAUGUUUUACUUCUACAUGUAACCAUUCAAUGUAUGACUGCAAUAGUCAAAUGUAUAUAAGGAUAAUUGCAAGGGAGCUUGGAUGAGUAUCAUUCACAAAUAAGUAUAAGUUGUGCACAGUGAUGCUGCUACCCAGAAGAGCAGGAGGACUCUCACCUUGCCCAUCAGGCACAGACGGGUGAUUCCUGCUUGAUGGGAUGAGAGAGAGCACCUCCCUCCUAGUUAAAGAGCUCUGGAAGUUUUCAAAUAAUUUCCCAAUUUGUGGGACUUCACCAAGAGCAUGUAGAAAAAGGAACAGUUUUCCAUUCUGAUGUAUGAAGUGCUGAUUAUGACCUACAGUGCCUUUAAAAAGCUUUGCUAAGAGUGAUAGUGUUUUCCCCAUGUACAGGGCUAAAGUCAUUAAAGGUGUUGUUGCUAAGGUUGCUUCCAUGCUAUGACCCUUUAGCACUGUGAUCUGCAAACGGCUGAAGUGGAAGGGCACAGGCAUUGGCCAAAUCAGAGCAAUUCAGGAAUGCUGCAGACAUUAGAAAUGAACAGGAAGCAAGUGAUUUGACUUAAUAAAAAAAGGAGAGGAGGAAGUUACUUAUUUAAGGGGCAAUAGCUUCAGAAGCCGAGAGCCAGUGUGGUGUAGUGGUUAAGGUGCUGGACUACGACCUGGGAGACCAGGGUUCGAUUCCCCACACAGCCAUGAAGCUCACUGGGUGACCUUGGGCCAGUCACUGCCUCUCAGCCUCAGAGGAAGGCAAUGGUAAACCCCCUCUGAAUACCGCUUACCAUGAAAACCAUAUUCAUAGGGUCGCCAUAAGUUGGAAUCGACUUGAAGGCAGUACAUUUACAUUUAGCUUCAGAAGUCUCAGUGCUUACCAAUCCAGACUCAACAGGCUAGUGCUGCAAUUCCAUUUUAAGAAAGUGAUAUUAAGAAUCUCCCAAUCAGGUUUUUAAAAAAGAUGGCAAGACACCAAAGAAAAAUAUGAAAUGCAAUGGGUUGGCAAUAAUGUCGUGUGGACUCUCUGUAAAAUCUGAGUGAAUAACAGGAUGUCAGUGUCAAAUGAAACUCCUUUACCUGAGUAAUUAUUUUUAGAUGGGCAUUAAUUCUUGAUAUUAGUUAUUCUAACUCUGUGCUGUAUGAUAAGUUAUUGUGCCUUUGUAAUGACCUCUUCUGUGGCUACCUCUAUUAAAAUAAAUCAUUGCACUGAAUGUGUGGAAAUAUUUGCUGCAUUUUAUGAAAAAGAAGCAAAAUAAAGUAAUUUCAAAGAAGAGUGAUAAGAUACUUUUUAUUGUAGAU